AAAAGUUCAGUCGAGAUAGGGUGGUUGCAUGUAUUUAUACUUAUGAUUACUUGUUAUCCUACUACUGACAUGUACACGAGCGACAUUUUUUUUUUACGGUGUGCACGUAAAUGUAAUUAAAAUUAAUUUAGUGUUAAAGGUGUAUAUUGGAAGAAAAAUGAAGGUUUAUUUAUAAAAGUUUUUGUUACUGUUUUUUUUGUGAAGAAUGUGCGUAUAUCAUAAAAUACCGUUCGUGAAUUAUAAAAUAAGUUGCGUUUAAUUGUGAAUGGACGUGUUUAGAGUACAAUAAUUAUGUUUCGUUGCAUUCCGAUUUUUAAAGGGUGUAACAGGCAGGUAGAAUAUGUUGACAAGCGGCAUUGCUCUCUACCAAAUGUUCCUGAUGACAUUCUUAGGUACACACGAAGCUUGGAAGAGCUUCUGCUUGAUGCAAAUCACAUUCGCGAUUUACCUAAGAAUUUCUUCCGACUUCAACGGUUACGCAAAUUAGGAUUAAGUGACAAUGAAAUUCACCGACUUCCACCAGAUAUUCAAAACUUUGAGAACCUUGUGGAACUUGAUGUUUCUAGAAAUGACAUACCUGAUAUUCCUGAAAACAUAAAAAAUUUGCGCUCAUUACAAGUGGCUGACUUUAGUAGUAAUCCAAUACCUAGGCUUCCUGCUGGAUUUGUACAACUCAGAAAUUUAACAGUACUUGGACUGAAUGAUAUGUCAUUGUCCGAUUUACCACCUGAUUUCGGAAGUCUCGAAAACUUACAGUCUUUGGAAUUACGGGAAAAUUUGCUCAAGUCAUUACCAGAAUCACUUUCUCAACUUACAAAAUUAGAAAGAUUAGAUCUUGGAGAUAAUGAUAUAGAAGAAUUGCCAGCGCAUAUUGGAAAAUUACCAGAGCUUCAGGAAUUGUGGUUGGAUCAUAAUCAAUUGCAACAUUUGCCUGUGGAAAUUGGUGAAUUAAAAACUCUUGUAUGCUUAGAUGUCUCAGAAAAUCGGCUAGAAGAUUUGCCAGAAGAAAUAAGUGGUCUAGAGUUAUUGACAGAUCUCCAUUUAUCUCAAAAUGUUAUUGAAAAAUUACCCGAUGGGUUAGGUGAAUUAAAACAUCUAACUAUUCUGAAAAUUGAUCAAAAUAGAUUAUCGGUAUUAAAUUCAAAUAUUGGAAGGUGUAAAAAUUUGCAGGAAUUAAUUCUCACAGAAAAUUUUUUACUGUCAUUGCCACUAUCGAUAGGAAAUCUUUUAAAUUUAAAUAAUCUUAAUGUGGACAGAAAUAGUCUACAGUCAGUUCCUCGUGAAAUUGGAAAUUUAAAAAAACUUGGUGUUUUAUCUCUAAGAGAUAAUAAAUUACAGUUCCUUCCAAAUGAGGUCGGUCAAUGUGUUGCUCUUCAUGUAUUAGAUGUAUCCGGAAACAGAUUGCAGUAUUUGCCAUAUUCACUAAUCAAUCUUAACCUGAAAGCGGUUUGGUUGAGUGAAAAUCAGGCACAACCUAUGUUGACUUUUCAGACAGACAUAGACGAAGAUUCAAAGCAAGAGGUUCUUACUUGUUUUCUUUUACCUCAGAUGGAUUGUCAAGUAGAAGCACAUCAUGAUAACGUGAAGCUUGGGAUUUUAUCAGGAAUGAAAGACACAGUAUCUAGAAAUGAAAUGAGAGAAAUUGUCAGUAGUGACGAUGAAGGUUGGCAAGAAAAAGAAACGUCGAGAACGCAUUCCGUAAAAUUCACAGAUGAACUACCAGAUAGUGAUAAAGAGACUCCUUUCGUCCGACAGAACACUCCACAUCCAAAAGAAUUGAAGGCAAAAGCUCAUAAGUUGUUCAACAAAGGAAGAAAUGAUAGUUAUUCUGCGUCUACCGAUGAACAGGAUGUUUCACAAACAUUUGGACUGGAUAAAAUAGAAAAUAACAGUUCAGAGUUGGUGACUGAUGUUUUUGAAGGCAAUCAACAGUUAUCUAAUCAAGAUGUACCCAAAGACGACUCUAAUCCAUUAUUGUCACAAAUUGUAAAUACGGAUGUUAAUAAAUCAUUGAGUAUAAAUUCGGAAUUUAUUCAGCAACCAUCGGUCAAUCCACGUAACGAGGAUGUGGAGUUUGAAGAAUCAGUAUGUGAUGUUAAAUAUAGUGAUGUGGCUGAAAAUGAAGAUACAUUGAGGCAUGUUGAAUUUUCUAUAACCGAGAACGUGGAUUGUGAGGGUGGGGGUGAUUCUGUCAAACCAAACAAGCUCCAUCGCAGAGACACCCCACACCACUUGAAAAACAAACGUAUUCACACAUCAUUCGAUAAAGAGAAAGUUGCUUCCAUUAUAGCACAGGCAUUAUUAAAGAAGAAUAGUGAUGGUGUGGUCACAUAUCCUGUACCAAUGGAUUCCGUUGAAAAUUAUGAUCAAAAUAAUCAAGAGGCAAUAUCUGAUGCUGAACCAUCUAUAGAAGUUAUGGAAGAGCAAUAUGAAAUUCAUAUUGAAAGAACAACUGGUGGACUUGGACUGUCUAUAGCCGGUGGAAUCGGUUCUACACCUUUUAAAGGUGAUGAUGAAGGAAUAUUUAUUUCGAGAGUGACUGAAGGUGGCCCUGCUGAUGUUGCCGGUUUACGAGUGGGUGAUAAAGUUCUUUCAGUAAAUGGAGUUUCAGUAGUUAAUGUUGAUCAUUAUGAUGCUGUAGAAGUUUUAAAAGCUUGUGGUCGGGUAUUGAUGCUUGUCAUUCUCAGAGAAGUGACAAAAAUGGUUUCUUCAUCAGAUGGGAUUUCAGCUAGGAAAGACUCAAUAUGUUCGAAUAUAAGCGCCAAUCGCUCACUUGGUGGAACAUCUUAUGUGUCAUCAACACCUUUGUUCUAUAAUUCUGAAAACAAGGAAAUGAGCGAAACAAAAAAGAUAAAGAAAAGUUGCGAUCCUUCACAUACAAUGGAAUCAACUGGAGAUUCGUUUAUAACUGUUAGUGUUCAUACUACUUUAAUUCGGGACCAAAAUGGACUAGGUUUUAGUAUAGCUGGUGGAAAAGGUUCUCCACCUUUUAAAGCCAAGUCUGAUGCUAUAUAUAUUUCAAGAAUAACAGAUGGUGGAGUAGCACAAAAAGAUGGAAAAUUAUUAGUUGGUGAUAAAGUAAUUGCUAUUAAUGGAGUUGAAAUGUUAGAAGCUAAACAUGAUCAAGCUGUAGCGUUGUUAACUGGUUUAGAACGAUUCGUUCGAUUGGUCGUUGAACGUGAAGUUCUUGUACCUCAGACUUGUUCUAUAAAUUCAUUGACGUCGUCAGAAAAAUUAUCUCAAGUUAUGGGUGUAUCUAAACCAUAUACGGGACUAUAUGGAACAAAUAGUUACAUUACUAACAGAUUUCCUGGUAAUAUUCGGCCAGGUGGCUUGAUUAAAACACCCAAACAAUCGACAAAUGAUUCAUUAAAUAAUUCAAAAGUAAAUGGUGUUAGUGAAGCAACAAAUAUUAAAAAUUCCAUUCCAACAAUCACGUCUUCUACUAACUUUCAACAAUCAACUCCGCAACCUGCUCCAAGGACCAUAACGUCAAAUAUGAAUAGUGAACCCAGUUCAACACCCGCCAAUGCAAUGUCAACUGGUACAAAUGCAACAUGUGAAGGUAGAUCAAGGAGUCCUCAAGAAGAUAUACAGGUAUUGAAGCCAAUUACAAGUGAGGAAUUUCAAGCCAUGAUUCCUAUUCAUUUCCUUCGACCUCCGAGUUCUUCACCCUCACCAGAGUCCCAUCAUGUUCCCGUUGUAACGGUAACAAUUAAACAACCCGAUAAUUUUUCGGGAGAUGUUAAUUUUCCUCCAGCACCAACUACAAUUGGUAAAGUUACUGAGACCAUCACAAAGAGUACACUUACGGAGACUGUUGUUACUAGAGUCACCGACAAUCAUUUGGUUCAACCAAUCAUUAUUGAGGAUGUUAUUCUUGUAAAAGAAGGAUCACUUGGUUUUAGUAUCAUUGGUGGUACUGAUCAUUCGUGUACGCCGUUCGGAGCUAGGGAACCUGGAAUUUUUAUCUCACAUGUUGUUCCUGGUGGAAUAGCAUCUAAAUCUGAAAAAUUAAAAAUGGGAGAUAGAAUAUUAAAGGUAAAUGGAACUGAUGUUACCAAAGCGACACAUCAAGAAACAGUGAUGGAACUUUUGCGACCUGGAAAUUCUAUUAUUCUUACUGUUCAGCAUGAUUCACUCCCAGAUAAUUAUCAACUGGUCGAAAUAGAGUACAUCCCGGUGACAGAACUUGUUAUAGUUAAAAAUACAGGCGAAAAAUUAGGAAUGCAUAUCAAAGGAGGUCUUCGUGGACAAAGGGGUAAUCCUCUUGAUCAUUCGGAUGAAGGUGUGUUCAUAUCGAAAAUAAAUUCUGGUGGUGCUGCUAAAAGAGAUGGCAGAUUGAAAAUUGGCAUGAGAUUGCUGGAAGUUAACGGAACUUCAUUAUUGGGAGUAACACAUCAAGAAGCUGUUAAUAUUUUGCGAUCGUCUGGAGAUUCAAUUUCAUUAGUUGUUUGUAAAGGUUAUGAUAAAAGCGAAAUUGAGAACUUAAUUACGGCAUCCAGUGGUAGGGAAUCAAAGGAGUCUGAUGGAUUUUAUGAGUUUAAAGAAGAAAUUAUUGAUGAUACAAAAUCUUUAACCCAUAGCAUAUCAAGUCUUGAUCGAGAUGAUGAAGAAGCCGCUACUCUUAGACAAGAACAAGAUAUGAAAGCAGAACUUGUAGCUUGGGAACAAGAAGAACGAGAACGUGCAAUCCUUGAUCAAAAAGAAAAAUCUACUCCUGAAAAGGUUUUAGAUGUUGUCAGAGCGGCAGAAUCGUUAGUUAAUAAACCAAACAGUCCAACUGAUAUAUUUGUACCACCCAAGUCCCCUGGAAUCUUAAAGGAUCUUAAAACGACUACUAUUGUUAUGAGUAAACACACUCUGGCACAACAGAAUCCACAUAUGUUGGAUGAGGAAAGUGCAACUUUGGAUACCCUUUAACAAAAGAAAUACGUUAUUCUUUGCUUUUUGUCUACGUUUGUGUUCACGCAUCUAAAGGCCUUUACACCAAUGUAAUACAAUUUUACAAAAUAUGUCGAAAAUGAUAAAUGUAAUAAAUAUUUCUUUCUUUUAUACAUUUCUA